AUGUUCAUAAACCGCUGACUAUUCUCAACCAACCACAAAGACAUUGGCACCUUAUAUUUAUUAUUUGGCGCCUGAGCAGGAAUAGUAGGCACUGGCCUAAGCUUAUUAAUUCGCGCUGAACUAGGUCAGCCUGGCACACUAAUCGGAGACGAUCAAGUCUACAACGUAUUAGUAACAGCCCACGCCUUUGUAAUAAUCUUCUUCAUAGUAAUACCCAUUAUAAUCGGUGGAUUUGGAAACUGACUAGUUCCCUUAAUAAUUGGAGCACCUGACAUGGCUUUCCCCCGUAUAAAUAAUAUAAGCUUCUGACUACUCCCUCCUUCUUUCCUACUGCUAAUAGCAUCCUCAAUGGUCGAAGCCGGUGCAGGCACAGGCUGAACUGUAUAUCCCCCUCUAGCCGGAAACCUAGCACAUGCAGGAGCUUCAGUCGACCUUACCAUUUUCUCUCUACACCUAGCUGGCGUAUCCUCUAUCCUCGGAGCCAUUAACUUUAUCACAACUAUUAUUAACAUAAAACCACCUGCCAUAACCCAAUACCAAACACCUCUUUUCGUAUGAUCAGUCCUAGUCACAGCAGUGCUGCUCCUACUAUCACUACCUGUCCUAGCAGCUGGAAUCACCAUGCUAUUGACUGACCGAAACCUAAAUACAACUUUCUUCGACCCUGCAGGCGGAGGAGACCCAAUCCUGUAUCAACACCUAUUCUGAUUUUUUGGUCACCCUGAAGUGUAUAUCUUAAUCCUCCCUGGGUUCGGAAUAAUUUCACACAUUGUGACUUAUUACUCAGGAAAAAAAGAACCUUUCGGCUAUAUAGGAAUAGUCUGAGCUAUGGUAUCUAUCGGAUUCUUAGGCUUCAUCGUAUGGGCGCACCACAUAUUCACAGUAGGAAUAGACGUUGACACACGAGCAUACUUCACAUCAGCCACUAUAAUCAUCGCCAUCCCUACAGGGGUAAAAGUCUUCAGUUGAUUAGCAACACUCCACGGAGGCAACAUUAAAUGAUCUCCUGCCCUAAUAUGAGCCCUAGGCUUCAUCUUCCUUUUCACAGUAGGUGGUCUAACAGGCAUCGUCCUGGCCAACUCAUCAUUAGACAUUGUCCUACACGAUACCUACUACGUAGUUGCCCAUUUCCACUAUGUACUUUCAAUAGGGGCCGUCUUCGCCAUUAUAGGAGGCUUUGUCCACUGAUUCCCGCUAUUCUCAGGGUACACGCUUAACUCAACAUGAACAAAAAUUCACUUUAUAAUCAUAUUCGUAGGCGUAAACCUAACAUUCUUCCCACAACACUUCUUAGGUCUAUCCGGCAUACCUCGACGAUACUCCGACUAUCCAGACGCCUACACAAUAUGAAAUACUAUCUCAUCAAUAGGCUCAUUCAUCUCAUUAACAGCAGUUAUACUAAUAAUUUUCAUCAUCUGAGAAGCAUUCGCAUCCAAACGAGAAGUACUAGCAGUAGACCUCACCUCUACUAACCUUGAAUGAUUAAACGGAUGUCCUCCACCAUACCACACAUUCGAAGAACCCGCAUACAUCAACCCAAAAUGAUCAAGA